CAUCUUAGCAAUAAAUAAAAAUGUGCAAAAUAAUAAGAUUGAAAAUUGGUUGUAGGAUAUCGUAGCAUUAACGUGGAUCAUUCUUUAACAUGAAAAUUACAACUUAUUGCUUGGAACUAAUAAUAAAUAUGUGGCAUUCCGUCACCGGUCUAGGAGAGCUCGUGAAUGCCGUCACCGAACGACUACAGUCACCCAAAGAACAUUCUUGUUCCCCGCCAUUCUGUUUCGACGCCGCUAGUCGUCCGUUGUGUCUUGUAUCAACUGAUCGUACUACGCUCGCUGUCGCCGCACUGUGUGUACGACCGAUUACGACCGGAAUGUUUGUGGCGUCCACUGAGUGCUAACUUAACAGUGAUAGUGCUACAUACAUAUAAAUCUGCGUAGAUUAUUGAAGGUUAUUCGCGUUUAAUUCAGAGAAUGAUGGCACCCGAGACAGUAGUAACUGUGGACCAUAACAAACCUGCUGCGGCACCUCCUCCACAAGGCGGUGCACUCGACUGGAUUAAAAUCAACGUCGACUACUUCAAAACCCCACCUGGCUUGCUCAAAAUAAUUCAGUUGAUUCUCGGCAUACUAUGUAUGGGGUUAGGCUCUCCGUGGUACUCGACGUGGUUCGUCUUCGUCGCAGUCACCAGCUUCAUCACAACCCUCAUGUGGAGUUUCGUAUACUUACUCAGCAUCAGGGAGGCUCUUAAGCUGCCCAUUAAUUGGGUUCUUUCUGAAUUAAUUAGUACAGCACUGGAGACAGUAAUGUAUCUGUUGGCGUUCAUAGUUCUGUUUGCUGCGACGGGAACUUAUUAUGGACCAAGAUACGGAAGCAAUGUUGCAGCUGCCGUUUUCGGUAUCUUUAACACCAUCGCAUACGGAGCCAGUUCGUUUCUGCUGUUUAGAGAACACAGGGCCUCCUCCACGGCGACACAAGCAGCGUGAAGAACAUUUAUAGCGUCUAGUUACGUUUUAUUUCACACAAAGAACGUUAAAUUUUAAAAGCAAAACUUAAACUGCAAAUGUAAUUACAAAUUUCAAUUAUCGAAAUAUAGUUUAUUAAAUCAUCACACGUUCAAUUGAAAUACUGAUAUUUUUCGUAGGUAAUUAAUUGAUGCACUCUUACACAUUUCCUUGUCACUACAUAAUGUAAAACAAUGUCGCUUUCUCUGUCCCUAUAUCUGUCUGUCCCUAUGUAUGCUUAAAUCUUUAAAACUACGCUACGGAUUUUGAUGCGGUUUUUUUUAAUAGAUAAGAGUGAUUGAAGAGGAAGGUUUAUAUCUAUAACUAGCGACCCGCCCUCGCUUCGCUUCGGAAACAUUAAAUUUUAUUAUUGAUAGGCGAGUCCCGCCAUGUUGCGCGCGGUACGACAAUAACUGCGGGUGACGCCGCGGGGCAAAGCUAGUCUUAAAAAAGUAGCUAGUAGUACUCCUCAUACCAUCAGCUACCUGUCAAAAUCGGUCCAGCCGUUCCAGAGAUUAGCCGGACAAACAGACAGACAGACAAAAAUUGUAAAAAAUGUUAUUUUGGUGUAUAUAUAUUCAUAUGCAUGUAGUAAAAAGCGGUUAUUUCAAUAUUACAAAUAGACACUCCAAUUUUAUUUAUAUGUUUAGAUAACAUCCAUUAAAUGGUGGAAAAAUCAAUAAUAAAUUACAGUUUCCGAAGCGAAGCGAGGGCGGGUCGCUAGUACUUUUAUAAAUUUAGUUUAAAAGAGGCCUAGAGCAUCGAGGUACCUGAAAAAUAUUGUUCGCAUUCGUUUCGCUUUCAACUCCGGUUAAGACAUACAUCGUUAAUGUUAAUAACACAAUCGUUCCAGUUCACGAAAUUGACUUUGAUCACGUCAGUUUUCAACAUUAGUAAUAUUUAAUUGUUUGUGGUUAUUUCCUAAAUGCCUACUACUACUAUAACAUCAGGUUUUUUUAAUUUUUUUACUGAUUAAGUGGACGGACGAGCUCACAGCCCACCUGGUGUUAAGUGGUUACUGGAGCCCAUAGACAUCUACAACGUAAAUGCGCCACCAACCUUGAGAUAUAAGUUCUAAGGUCUCAAGUAUAGUUACAACGGCUGCCCCACCCUUCAAACCGAAACGCAUUACUGCUUCACAGCAGAAACAGGCGGGGUGGUGGUACCUACCCGCGCGGACUCACAAGAGGUCCUACCACCAGUAAUGAUACAAUAAAGGUAUAAUGUGUGAAGGAACGGGAGUCGUGUAUUUAGAGUAUAAUGUAUGAGUGCACUUUGACGUAGUUUUAAAUAACAAUCUUGACUAUUUCACGUGCCUUAUUAAUGUGUCGUUUAAGUAACAUCAAUAAGUUGAUGCCCACUCGUUGUUCUUUCUGCUGUUAUCGACAUUGGAUUGCACAAUGCCAGGGCUAAUUUGAAUAAUUAAAAGCUUGUUUUUAAAAUGUUUGAUAACGAAACGAUAAUGAAGAAUAUUUUCGUGUUUUAUCUAUCACAUUUCGCAUUAUUUAUUGUUAUUUUGUAUUUUUAUAUAUCUAAGCGAACACGUUUUUGCAAUUUAAAUAUGUGAAUACUAUUAAUUACUAUCAGCACCGUAUUUGGGUACGGACGAUUAAAAAAAAUUCUUCGUACAUUUUUUUUGUAAUUUGCACUAAUUUUAAAUUUAUUUUCUGUUCGUGAAUAAGACGUUCAUGGCCAUAUAUAAUGUAAUUAUAAAUAAUUAAAAUGUUUAAAAAUUAAAAGAAAAUUCUAAACAGUACAUUUUUGAUCGUAUAUAAUCUGUAAUAAUGCUAGUUUGUGUAGGAUUUCAAGUUCUGUUUAUGCAUAGAACGUUUCAAUAUAAGUUGUUAGCUAGAAAGUGGGCAUUUAUGAUGAUGUUAGGCAAGUUUUUUUAUAGAAUUGACACGAGGUUCACCUUCAGUAAGGACCACGCACAAAUGAUCUUAAAUGGGUAUGACGACUGAUGUCGAAUCAUUUGUAUCGAUUUUAAAUGUCUGUUUUGUAGCACACACCAAUAACGUUGUACUUCGAAGUUUGUUUGUUUGACUAUAUACAUCUAGUAAAUACGAGAUAUUUGGUUAAAUUUUACCUUUUGAAAUUUUACGAGUUUACAUUUGUGACACAUGAGCCUAUAUAAUACUUUUUAUAUUUUAUUCAAUAAGGUGUAUGGUGAAAUGUUAAUAGAAAUGAAUGUUUUGUUUUAUUGUGGUUCUUUUCGAUUUUGUUAGACUAGUCUAUUUAAAAAAUGUAAAAUGAUUUUACUGAACAACAUAAAUAUGUAGUAGUGCUUUUUAUCAGUAGUAACUUUAAUAUUUGAUUGGAUUCCAAAUUUGAAGGGAAUUUCGCUUAAAAUCGAUUACAUUAUAAUAAAGUUGUCAAAAAUAAGAGAAAAAUAUUGCAGCUUUGUUAGCGUUCUUAUUUUUGAUCACAUUUACAGAAAAUAGGUUUCUUUUGAAGUGGGUACAUAUAGAAAUUAAUUAACUGAAUUGAAAAAAAGAAUUCACAUGGAAUGGGAUUUAAUGAAAUACGUUUCUUAUUUAGAACACACGGGAAAUUCACGUUAGCUAAUAAUACAAGUUACAUAUGAAUUCUCUUUAAAUUAGUUUUUUUUUGUUAUGUUUAAGCAUUGACAUAUUUUAGUAGUGUUGAGUAUCAUUAUUAUUCUAUCUUUAAAGAGGGUAACGCCUGUUAACCUGACUAAGAAUUAAUAUAUUGUAAAAAGUUAAUAAAUAUAUUUUAACAUAUGUAUAUUUAAA